ACAAUCUAACUAUCCAUCCGAACUAUCUGGGUCCAAGCUAAGGGACUGGAACUGGCUACCCUUAGCCCAAGUACGCACGCACUUGCUUCCCGUACCUUGCCUCAACGCCUUGUGACCCUCAUGCCCCCUGUGUCAUCUGUGUGGAUGAUAAGUCUCGAACCCCAGUCUAUCACUUCGGAGAUCCUUCUUACUGCUUCCUGCAGUCAUCCAUGGGUCCUAUCCCGUAUUUGAUACUCAUAAGCGGAGAUCCUCCUGCCCCGUCCUGCCUUCCUUAUAUCUAUGGAUGUUCACGCCCACCAUCACCACCACCACCUCUUCAACCUCAACCUCAACCUCACUCUUCACGAUUGACCAUCACCUCCUUCUCAGGAUCGUAUCUAUCCUUUCUUCCAUAGCUCUACCGCCCACACAUAUUCUCAAUGGCCAAUUGCUGGCAACCGCAAGCCUCAUUCGCCGACCCAGUUUGGGCCUCAAACAACCAACCAUGCAUGCGCUCUUCGACCUUUCGCGAUAUGAUCCAUGCCUUUCCUAAACCAAAGCAGACUGGACGGGUGACGAAACCCCGCAGUGCCGGCAACAGUCCUGCCUCUGCUGGCAGACGGAGGACCACGACCAUGCCUCACAGUUCGGCUAUGUACCCUGGCUACCAAGCCCCAUUCAACCCUGCUGCUUUGGCGUCUGCCUUUUGCAGAAGUAGUCGCACCCGUCCGAUGAGUUGGCAUCCGGUCGUGGACCCUACCACCUACUCGACAGCUCCGUACUUUGCGAACUCGACCACUCUGGACAGCUUCGCCGCCGUCGACAUGUGCCCUCAGCCACUUUCCACCGCCCCUGCUGUGAUGGAAGGCAACGACAUGCUGUCCUCGUAUGUCGAGGAACUUCCAUUCUUCACUGGGAUGCAAGAUCAAUUGCCGCUUCAGCAACCUGCCUUCGUUCAAGAGGAGCCUGUCUCAUGGAGUAAUACCUCGACGAUGCCCGCCGUGGCAGAACCCAUGUCUGAUUGCUGGUCAUUCGACAUGGCUUCCAUGCACAACAGCAUGCCUCCCGCCUACGUCGCCGACUCGACUUAUGACGAGAGUGUGCCAUCAUCAGGCUGCCUGACGGGCCCAGCGACCCCCCAGUUCCUUCCCAUCCAGCGCCCGGAUGAUGAUUGCUCCACGCAGGCCGAUGCGCUAUCCAACAAGCUUGACCCGGAAGACGAGCUCGUUGGCAUGGGCCUUUACAGCAACCCCGAAGCAUUGACGGAGACUUCACUUCUGGGCCUGUCCGGCAAGGGCUUGAAGCUGGAAGAGACCUUCACACCUUCAGCGAACGAGGAGGAGGACAAAGAAGAUGACGAAGACGAUGAUGACGAUGAAGGUCCUGAGAACCAAGACGAGGCGCCACUCCACGGUAGCUGUCCGGCUCCAGUUCCGACGCAGCUCCAGCAGCCCGUCAAGCCUGUCGCAAACAUGAUGCACAAAUCAUUCUUCUUUGAGGAGAAUGACUUUGAGCAACCCGCGAUGGUCGGGUCGCAGCCGCUCAUCAAUAUGGCUAGCCAGCCCUGUAUGAAUUAUGGUUAUGGAUGGAUUUGAUUCUCGGAAGCAUUUUCUUGAUUUUAUGAUUUUAUCCUGUAUUCGCUAUUCAGCAUUGCAUAGCGUGGAGUUCAUUUUCGGUUUCUGGCGCGGCGAUUACAUGUACCAAAUACCCUGGGAAGGCUGAUUGAAGCUGUUUUGUUCUUUUCUCUUCUUUUUAUUUUGACGACUAUGUAUUAGAGAAUCCUUAGGUGUUCAGACACCAAUGAAUGAGAACAUCCUCAAGGAUGAAACAU